AUGACAGAGAUCGCGUCGCCGAGCCCAACACACGCUCUUCCGCCUGCCACUAACGGCGACACCAAUGGCCACCACCAUGACGAACCAUCAUGCACCACCCAUCCCGAGCCCGUCGACCUCGACCUCGAACCGCCAGAGACGAAGGAUUCAUCCAGCGAAAUUAGUGAAUUCGAGGAUGAUGAACAGGUCCUGGCCAAGCUCGAUCAGAUGAAACAAAAUGCCAUCAACCAGGCUCCCAAAAGCAACGGCAUCGACCAUGCCCACGACACCCCCUCCACCGAUGAUGGGCCACCUGCCAAGCGUCGACGAGUCCGAGAUACGACCCCAAAUAAUACCAUCAGGAAGCCCAAGGUCGAAUCCCCGCCAUGGAAGAAGGUUGAGGCCGAAGGGCCAACCAGGUUGAUAGCAGAGGAUGGCCGUCGCAAAUCGGGGCGCAUCAACCUCGUGAACUUGGAGCAGGACAAGCGAACGCCACGGGGAAAUAAUCAAGCCAGUCCUCCGCGAAGAGGGCGUGGGCAAGCUAAUGGUUCUGCAAGUGCAAACAGCUCAACCCCCGCUUCGGGAGGCGCAUCGAAGCGUCCGAUACCCUCCAGCAAACAGGCAGCAUCCAAGGCUUCCAUGUCCAAACCUCCACCCCGGAAAUCGAUGACCCAGGAAGUCCGAUCAAGUGCACGAAGUCGUCGACGAUCCACAUCCCCAAGGCGACCCACCACGCCUACGAGACAAUCACUUGGCACCCGCCGCUCCACGCGUCGUCUUCGAGAUAAUGACGAUGACGAUGACAGUACCUCCCCAGCCGCUAUGGAAUUCACCCCCCGUAUCAAACUCCGCCGCCCACCCCUGACAGAGCUACCUUUGGUCCAUCGGGACCAAGCAAAUCUACGACCAAAGCUCGGCCCGUCUUUCGAAGAAUACGUCGUGCGAGCAGCCAAUAUUCCUGUGGAAGAGGGAGGGCUGUUGAUCACCGCCGAAGAUGGACCUCGAUACACUGAUAAGCUCGUGCAAGAGGAUGCCUCCAUCAUUUUGCGGGUCGAAAAGGAGGUAGAACCAGGCGGGUUGCUGGCGGAGGAGAGAUGUUCGGUAUUCGAGCCAGAAGCGGAGGAGGAACCACCACGGCAAUGGGCACAUCUGGAUCACCUUACAAGGGCUAUGAGCAACUUUCGUAAGUUGAUGCUUAAUGAGCAGCAGCGACAUCGUGCCACAGCAAAGAGGAUAGCCCUUGCAUGCGAGGCUGAAUGGAGGCGGCGAAAUCCGCAACCCAAAACAGCUGAAGAGAUUGAGUUUGAGGAGCGAGAGAAGAGCAAGGCACGGUGGAGGCAAGUUGGGAAGGCAAUAGUGGGGACAUGGGAGAACGUCAGGAUAGAGGUCAACCGUCGACGGCUUGUGGAAUGGGAGGCUGAGGAGCAGCGGCGCGUCAAGGCUGCGCUGAACCAAGCAGUCAAUUUGUCGGAACAAAAGCUGCAAGCCAGGCAAACACAGUACGAUGCUGAGGAAAUAUCAGGCGAGGACGACGAUGAUGACGAAGAUAUGGACUCGGAUAUGGAUGACGAAGAGGACAUCUCUGAUGUUUCUGAGUCUGAUAAGGGUUCAGAGGCUGAUGAUGAGAGCAACAUGUCGUCGUCGGAAGAUGAUGAUGAUAAGGAAUCUGUUCUGUCCGAUGAAGGCUUGACGCAAGACCAACUACGUGAGAAAUACGCCAACCUACCGGUGUUGGAGUCAAAGGAGGUCGAUGAUUCGAAAACAGAUGUGGGCACAACGCCGGCCGACACUCCACAUGGUGGUCCAACUGAUAUGGACACCAGCGAUGAAUCGGUAGACAUGGAUGACGACCUUGGCUCAAGUGAGGAGGAAGAAGAAGACGAAGGCAGUGAGGAGUCGGAUGACGAACCUGCUGGGCUACUAUCCUUGUUCUUCAAAAAGUCUGAGUUGAAGAAACUUGAGGUGGAGGCUGCGCCUGAGGAACCCUCAGCUGAAGGCGAUGGAGAUGUGGAGAUGGCCGACGUUGAUCCUUCAGAUGCCCCCGCGCUAACGGAGGAAGGGGGUUCUGUGAUGCCAGCAUCUGAGGCGAUUUCAACAGCUGCUGAAGCAGGCGAACCAAUGAGUGGUGUGUUGGCAGAGGUUCUGGUAGAGAAUCCACAGUCUGCGACAGCAACUGCCACUGCUGAACAUCCACCACCACAAGUCGACGUGUCCGCCACUAAGUCUACAGCGUCAGUGUCUCCAAUACCUCCACCAGCCGAUGUACAGCCCGUUGAUGAAGCUCGUACCUUCGCCAGCCAAGCACAGCCAGUUGCCACCAGGGUCAAAUCAGAGCAUGAUGUCGAUGUGUCGAUGGUAGACGCACCUAUAGUAGACGAAGCCCUCGAUGCCCAGUCCACGGCAGCCAACCAUCAGCAUAGCCCCGAGACGGAGCCAAUGACCAAUGCCCACAGUGUAUCUAGAAGCCAAUCGCCAAGGACAUCCGACGACACCAAACCAACUGACGCAGAAACGCCCGUAUCGACAUCACAGCUCAAUGCCGCAAAAUCUGACAGCAGAGAGCUCACUCCACAGCAAGAUGCCCCAAAGACAGAAAUACCCUUUCUGCUUCGUGGAACGCUGCGUGAGUAUCAACAUCACGGGCUGGAUUGGCUGGCAGCCCUUUAUGCCAACAACACCAACGGAAUUCUCGCCGAUGAAAUGGGCCUGGGCAAGACCAUCCAGACCAUCGCGUUGCUGGCGCAUCUGGCAUGCCAUCACGAAGUGUGGGGUCCACAUCUCGUCAUUGUCCCAACAAGUGUCAUGCUCAACUGGGAGAUGGAGUUCAAGAAGUGGUGUCCUGGCUUCAAAAUUCUCACCUACUAUGGUAACCAAGAAGAGCGCAAGAGAAAACGACAGGGGUGGACCAAUGAUGACGUGUGGAACGUUUGCAUCACAUCAUAUCAAAUGGUGCUCCAAGACCAACAGGUGUUCCGGCGCAGGCGAUGGCAUUACAUGAUUCUCGACGAGGCUCACAACAUCAAGAACUUCAAAUCUCAGCGGUGGCAAACACUGCUUGGCUUCAACACGCAGGCUCGUUUGCUCCUGACGGGUACCCCUCUGCAAAACAAUCUGACAGAGCUCUGGUCACUUCUUUACUUUCUUGCCCCCCCCGAAAAUGGCGAGGGAGGCUUCGUUGAUCUCAGGGAGUUUCAUAAUUGGUUCUCUAGGCCAGAAUCACAAAUCCUUGAGAGCGGACGAGAGCAACUGGAUGAUGAAGCACGGGCUAUCAUCUCCAAGCUCCACAAGGUCCUUCGACCAUACCUCCUCCGCCGUCUGAAAGCCGAUGUCGAGAAACAGAUGCCGGCCAAGUACGAGCAUGUCGAGUUCUGUCGUCUUUCCAAACGCCAGAGAGAACUCUACGAUGGCUUCUUGUCCCGGGCUGACACCCGUGAGACCUUGUCAUCUGGCAACUACAUGUCUAUCAUUAACUGUCUGAUGCAACUGAGGAAGGUCUGCAACCAUCCGGAUCUCUUCGUUGAUCGCCCUAUCAUGACUUCGUUCCGCAUGCAACGUUCUGUUGCAGCUGAUUACGAGAUCAACGAGCGUAUUGUCAGGAAGAAGUUGUUGGCCGAGAAGCUGAUGAGCACAGUAAGCCUCAGCUUCCUCAACAUGAUCCCAACACAGUACGAGGACAUGUCCACGUCCCAUGCCGAUCGCAUCGCUCAGCUUAGCGCGCUCCGUAUCUUUCCCGAUCUGAGAGAUGCGCAAAAGAUUCGGGCCAACAACGCUUACCAUAACCUGGAUCCAGCGUCUGUCAAGUCAAAUAUUGUGUAUCUUGAGAGCGCCGCCCGGUGGGGUCGGUUUGAAGAGCUUCAGCAUUGCGUCUAUCUGAACGCCCUCCGUCGUCAACAACGUCCCAUUUACGGGAAGCGUCUUGUCGAGAUGCUAACGCUCGACACUCAUCGUCGACCAUACAAGCAGCGACCAAAGCUCCCUCAAAAGAUUAUGAGCUGGUUUGAAGAGGAUCUGCACUUCUUGCACAGUGCAAUCCCUACUCUUCAACAACGAGCAGAGUCGAUGGAGACGACCAUCACCAAGUUUGCAUGUGUCACUCCGGCAGUGGUCACUGGUGAUUUGAACAGGUUCCUACUUGGGGAAAAGGGCAUCCAAGCAUUCCAGGAGGCAGAUAUGAGGCUUUCAGCACCAGUCAAGUAUGCUCCCUACAUGCCCAAGGAGCGGCCUGUUGAUCCUUGGCACGAGGCCCGGAUGCGCCUCAGCAUCCAGUUCCCCGACAAGCGUCUCCUCCAGUACGACUGCGGCAAGCUCCAAGCGUUGGACAAGCUCCUGCGCAGGUUGCAUGCCGGCGGUCACCGAGCACUUAUCUUUACCCAAAUGACAAAGGUUCUCGACAUUCUAGAGCAGUUCCUCAACAUUCAUGGCCACAAAUAUCUGCGUCUUGAUGGUGCAACAAAGGUUGAACAGCGUCAAAUUUUGACGGACCGCUUCAACCACGACACUCGAAUCACUUGCUUCAUUCUUUCAACCCGUUCCGGCGGUCUUGGUAUCAAUUUAACGGGUGCCGACACAGUCAUUUUCUAUGACCAAGACUGGAACCCGGCCAUGGACAAACAAUGUCAAGAUCGAGCUCAUCGUAUCGGUCAGACCCGCGAUGUGCAUAUUUACCGUCUUGUUAGCGAACACACCAUCGAAGCCAACAUCCUCCGCAAAGCCAGCCAGAAGCAAAUGCUCGACGACGUUGUCAUUCAAGAGGGCGAGUUCACCACGGAUUACUUCAACAAGAUCUCUGUUCGCGACGUCAUUACCACAAGCGGAGAGAUUUGUGCCAACGAAAACGACGUUGCCGCCAACGCCGCCAUGGAUAGGGUCCUUGGCGGCGUGGAGAGCACCAACCCGCGCAACGUCGGCCGUGUACUCGAGCAGGCAGAAGACAAGGAGGAUGUCGCUGCGGCGAGAGUGGCCGAGAAGGAAAUCCAGGAAGAUGAGGCUGACUUUUCGGAGCAGCAGCCUUCUGGGGUGUCGAGUGCAAGGAAUGGUACACCACGUGAAGGGACGGAGCCACCGAUAUCAGCAACGACGAAGCCGUCUGGUCUUGGGCUGUUUUCUGAGUCUGCUGAUGAUGGCGAAGUUGUGGAAGUGGAAGAAAAGGAGGUAGAAUACAAUGCUUGGGGGGAGAGGAUGCAGACUAUUGACGAUUAUAUGCUCAAGUUUAUGACGGCUGCGCUGGAAGGGACGCCGUUGGAUCUGCCAAAGGAUAAGAAGAAGAGUAAGAAGAAGGGGAAGGAUACAAGGAAGAGGUAG